GACCUUAAAAUUUUGAUACAAUUAAAAAUAUUCUUAGCUUAACAAGUGUAUUCAUAAAUUCACAUAAGUAUGUAAUACAAUUCUUGGGUUUAUCUACAAUGUUCUAUAGCAUUACAUGAUUUUAUUUAAGUAAUAUAUAGUACAAUUAAACAUAAUGUUUUUAUAAGCUUUGCAUAAUAAAUGCAUAGCCAUAUUUUUUAAGAGAUGUCUUGUGACUCAAAAGUAGACGUUCAUGGAAAAGACUAUGAACCUCCAUGUGAUCCUCAAUGCAUGUCAAAUGUUAUUCUUUAUGCACCCAGAGCACCACCAUUAGCAUCACCGCCGCGACAACGAUCAGCGGCGUUGCAUCCACGUGUAUAUGGGGUGUUAGACUCUACUGGUUUGCAAUUCUUAUCUCCAUGUCCACAAAAAGGCAAAUCACCAUGUAAAGCACCAUUACUUAUUUCUUUCGCAUCUCCAGUGGAAAACAGAUUUGUACAUGCAAUGAGUCCAAUUAGACAAACAACAACAACAAUACCACUUACUUUAGCCAUGAUAUUUACUUGACGAAUAUUACUUUGAACAAAUGUAUUAUAUUACUUUGUGUAUUGGUUACGAUUU